AUGGCCCUUGCCCUUCGCUACGCAGAAGAGAGCGAGUUCAGCUCUCGCGCGUGCGACAUCACAUGUCUGGAAGCUCCUGACGUGACUCACAAGGCUUUUUUUCGGUGGAGCCGGUCAGUCCGACGUUUGCUCGAGCCCUUGGCUCAUGAUCUUGUCAACAUCAAGACGUUGAUCGUCGCCAUGCCUGGAGCACCGCAUCAGUUCGUGAAGCAGCUGACGGCUUCGUGGACUGCCGUGGGGGCGUUAGUGACCAGUGACCAGAUGACGUGUUCACCGUUGGCGGGUAUCAUAUUGUCUGAAAAGGGACUGGACGUGUCGAUAGCAGGGAAUUGCCUGGCGUUACUGGUGGGACAAGAAGUCACGUCUGCAGCGACGUCGGUGUGGCUCAACAAGCUGCGAACGCAGAUCAAUGCAGAGGACAUUGUGUGCCUGAGCUCGCAGGUAUCGACAAUUUACGGAGACGAAAGUGCAGAGGCAGAGGUCGGUGUUAAGCUGAGGAUGCUGGCGACGUCUGCUGUGACGGAAGAAAUGACAGAGCAGACAUUGGUGCCGUCGCUGGAAGUGCCACAAUUUGUUACUGGGAUUCCAGCGGCUCUGCUUGCGCAUGGGGAGCUGCGACAACGUCGUGUUCGCGUUUUUGUGAGUCUGCGCGAUGUCAGCACGACUGAGGACGACGUGAUGCGGAGUUUUCUGCCCUUAGCUGCGACAGCAUCGUCCGUGCUCGGUAGAUUCGAGCGUCCACUGGUGUACGAGUCAACCAGGAAGAACAACAGCGCGAUAGGCGUACUGUACACGUAA